AGCGAGCCCCCCACCCACUUCUCCAAACCCUCAACCGACCUCCCACUUUCUUUCUCCCAUCCUCAAUUCCAAAACCAAAUCAGUAUUCCGCGCAAUUCAAAGCCAACCCAUCGUCAAAGAAGAAGAGAAGAGAUAUGGGCGGGUGGGUUAUAGAGAGCACAGAUGAAGGCGGGAUUGCCAGAAAGCUAUGGAAGAAAUUCAAGGACGAAACGGUCUUUGCUUUGUAUACCCCGUUUGUGGUUGGACUGGGCUCUUCCACUCUGGACUCUCGAACUUUUCUUCAAUGCGUCUCUCAAGAUGUCUACUUUCUUCAAGCCUUCUCCAAGGCGUAUGAAUUUGCAGAGGAGUAUGCGGAUGACGACGAAGAUAAGGAAGCUAUUGGCAUGCUUAGAAAGCGCGUGCUGAGGAGGCUCGGCGAUCAACACAAUCUUGUUCGAGAUUGGGGGUUUGAGCUUCCAAAAGAUAGCACUUGUGUUACUGCAACAGUCAAAUACACAGACUUUUUGAUGGCAACAGCCGUCGGAAAAGUUGAUGGAGAAAAAUUUCCUGGUAAAAUUGUGACUCCUUUUGAGAAGACAAAGCUUGCUGCAUAUACUCUAAGUGCCAUUGCUCCUUGUAUGAGGCUAUACCACUUUGUAAGUAGGGAAAUAAAGGCCAUUCUUGACCCUCAAGAGAAAACCAACCCAUACGAGAAGUGGAUUGACAGUCUCUCCUCUGAUAAGUUUGAGGUAGCAGCUUUAACGAUUGAAGAUUUGCUAGAUAAAUUAUGCAUAUCUUUGACCAGUGGGGAGCUUGAAAUUGUGGAAAAGCUAUAUCACCAAUCACUGAAGCUCAUAUUAGAAUUCAUAUCGUCUCAUCCAUACGUCCACUCAUCAUCAAUUGUACCCAUUGUUUCUCAGCUGCAAGAACCUGCUGAAUCCAAUGUUAGAAUGUUCUGCGAUUUUGACAUGACAUGUUCUGCAAUUGAUUCAUCUGCCCUAUUGGCAGAGAUGGCAAUCUUUGCUGCAAGAAAGGCCUCUUUGAACGAAUGUGACACUCAACCUUCUCAGCCUAUAACACCCAAUCUCGCUGCCACUUGGGGCAGUUUAUCGAGCAAGUACAUUGAAGAGUAUGGGCAAUGCAUUGAAAGCAUUCUGCCCACUGAAGCUGUGGCAAAUUUUGAUUAUGACCGCCUAUGUAAAGCACUUCAAAACCUAUCUGAUUUUGAGAAAACAGCAAACUCGAUGGUGAUUGAUUCUGGAGUACUGAAGGGUCUGAGUGAAAAUGAUAUAAAACGGGCUGGUGAGCGCUUAAUAUUUCAAAGAGGCUGCAAAAACUUCUUCCAGGAAAUAACAAGAAGUGAGAACCUUCUCAUGGGUGUUCAUGUGCUAUCCUACUGCUGGUCCGGGGAUCUCAUCAGGUCCGCCUUCUCUUCAGGGAAACCAGAUGUUGUGAGUGUGCAUUCAAACGAGUUGGUAUAUGAAGAGUCCAUUACCAGCGGCGAAAUGAUUCAGAAGAUGGAGUCCCCCAUGGACAAGCUUGAGGCCUUCAACGGCAUCUUGGACAACCAUGGAAACGAGAGCAAGCCACUGACAGUGUAUAUAGGAGGUUCAGUCAGUGACUUGCUUUGCCUUCUCAGUGCAGAUAUUGGGAUUGUGAUAGGUAUGAGUGACAUGCUAAGGACACUAGGUGAGGGGUUUGGAGUUACAUUUGCCCCACUCUUCCCUGGUUUGGUCAAGAAACAAAGACAACUGUCUGAAUGUGGUUGCUGUAACUGGAAUAGGAUGUCUGGGAUUCUCUUUACAGUCUCGAGUUGGGCUGAGAUACAUGCUGCCCUUCUGGGGAAAAGGACAAUUCCACCCUCACCCAUAUAAAGAGCAUAUAUUACCCACCCGGGAGAUAAUUAGUUUACCUAAACAGCUAAACAUAUAGAAGGAUAUAGGUAGGUAAGUUAUAUUGUCCCUAACAUUAACGGGUGGCUUAUAUUGGUAGCCAUUCGACUCCCACUAUGAUAUUGGACCUCUGUUCAUAUGCCUCAAGUCUCAUUUGCAUUUUCCGUUCGCCAGUUUUUGUUCAGAACAGUUUGAUCAGGCAUCCGACGUACAGGUUCCAAGUUUAUGGGGUUGAUUUUCCUUUUCUUUCUCAGUUUCUUGGUAAUAAUGUUGGAAUAUGAGAUGUUUUAAUUGUCUCAUAACCUCAUUUCAUUGUGUAAUAACUAAAUCAUGAAAGAAAUGGUUUGUGUACAUAAUUUUCCCUCUGUAUGUUCUUGAAUUAUAAUGAAGUAGCAGUUAGUCAAGCAAUGCAACUUUCGACGUUGAGCUGGGGGUCUCUUUGGAAACAGCCUCUCUACUUUCGAGUAGGGGCAAGGUCUGCGUACACACACCCUCCCCAGACCCUACUCUUGUGGGAUUUA